UGCUCUCUUGCUUAUUUUCACAGACAAAUGCAGGAAAUGAACCAGACAUGGAAGAUGAACAAGUUUGCUGUGAAGCAUUAGAGGUGAUGACCCUGUGUUUUGCUUUGAUUCCAACGGCACUGGAUGCACUCAGUAAAGAAAAGGCAUGGCAGACGUUUAUCAUUGAUUUGCUAUUGCACUGUCACAGCAAAACUGUUCGUCAGAUGGCCCAGGAGCAAUUCUUUUUAAUGGCUACCAGGUGUUGCAUGGGACAGAGACCUCUCCUUUUCUUCAUUACCCUGCUGUUUACUGUUCUAGGGAGUACUGCAAGAGAGAGAGCUAAGCAUUCCGGAGACUACUUCACUCUUUUAAGACAUCUUCUUAACUAUGCUUACAACAGUAAUAUUAAUGUACCCAAUGCUGAAGUUCUUCUCAAUAAUGAAAUUGACUGGCUUAAGAGAAUUAGGGAUGAAGUAAAAAGAACAGGGGAAACAGGUGUUGAAGAAACUAUAUUAGAGGGUCACCUUGGAGUAACAAAAGAGUUGUUAGCAUUCCAGACACCUGAGAAGAAAUACCAUAUUGGUUGUGAAAAAGGAGGUGCUAAUCUCAUUAAAGAGUUGAUAGAUGAUUUCAUCUUUCCAGCAUCCAAUGUUUAUCUACAAUACAUGAGAAAUGGAGAAUUGCCUGCUGAGCAGGCCAUACCAGUCUGUAGUUCACCAGCUACUAUUAAUGCUGGCUUUGAGCUACUAGUUGCACUAGCAGUUGGAUGUGUCCGAAAUCUCAAACAGAUAGUAGACACCUUGACUGAAAUGUAUUACAUAGGUACAGCAAUCACUACUUGUGAAGCACUUACAGAAUGGGAAUAUCUACCACCUGUUGGGCCUCGACCGCCAAAGGGAUUUGUAGGACUGAAAAAUGCUGGUGCCACUUGUUAUAUGAAUUCUGUCAUUCAGCAGCUGUACAUGAUUCCAGCUAUCAGGAAUGGGAUUCUUGCAAUUGAAGGCACAGGCAGUGAUGUGGAUGAUGAUAUGUCUGGGGAUGAAAAGCAGGACAAUGAGAGCAAUGUUGACCCGCGAGAUGAUGUGUUUGGCUAUCCACAUCAGUAUGAAGACAAACCAGCUCUGAGUAAAACAGAAGAUAGAAAAGAGUACAAUAUUGGUGUUCUGAGGCAUCUUCAAGUAAUUUUUGGUCAUUUAGCAGCUUCCAGGCUACAGUACUAUGUACCAAGAGGGUUUUGGAAGCAGUUUAGACUUUGGGGUGAACCUGUAAAUCUACGCGAACAACAUGAUGCUUUAGAAUUUUUUAAUUCCUUGGUGGACAGUUUAGAUGAAGCUUUAAAAGCUUUGGGCCAUCCAGCAAUGUUAAGUAAAGUUUUAGGAGGGUCCUUUGCUGAUCAGAAGAUUUGUCAAGGAUGCCCACAUCGGUACGAAUGCGAGGAAUCCUUCACAACUCUGAAUGUAGAUAUAAGAAAUCACCAAAACCUUCUUGAUUCUUUGGAACAGUAUGUCAAAGGAGAUCUAUUGGAAGGUGCAAAUGCGUAUCAUUGUGAAAAAUGCAACAAAAAGGUUGAUACAGUGAAACGCUUGUUGAUUAAGAAGUUGCCUCCAGUUCUUGCAAUCCAGUUGAAGCGAUUUGAUUAUGACUGGGAAAGGGAAUGUGCAAUCAAGUUCAAUGAUUAUUUUGAAUUUCCACGAGAGCUGGACAUGGAGCCUUAUACGGUGGCAGGUGUAGCUAAAUUGGAAGGAGAUGAUGUAAAUCCUGAAAAUCAGAUAAUACAAAAUGAACAGUCAGAAAAUGAGCACUCUGGGAGCACGAAAUACAGGCUUGUUGGUGUACUUGUACACAGUGGCCAGGCCAGUGGUGGACAUUAUUACUCUUAUAUUAUCCAGAGGAACGGUGGAGAUGGUGAGAAAAAUAGGUGGUAUAAAUUUGAUGAUGGAGAUGUGACAGAGUGUAAAAUGGAUGAUGAUGAAGAAAUGAAAAACCAGUGUUUUGGUGGAGAAUACAUGGGAGAAGUGUUUGAUCAUAUGAUGAAGCGAAUGUCCUACAGACGCCAGAAGAGGUGGUGGAAUGCUUAUAUUCUUUUUUAUGAACGUAUGGACACAGUGGACAAAGACAAUGAACUAAUAAAAUAUAUUUUAGAGCUUACUGUCACCACUAAACCCCAUCAGAUUAAAAUGCCAUCGGCUAUUGAACGAAGUGUACGGAAGCAGAAUGUGCAGUUCAUGCAUAAUCGUAUGCAGUACAGCCUAGAAUAUUUUCAGUUCAUAAAGAAGUUACUUACUUGUAAUAGUGUCUACUUAAAUCCUCCUCCAGGACAAGAUCAUCUGUUGCCUGAAGCAGAAGAAAUAACUAUGAUUAGUAUUCAGCUUGCUGCUAGAUUUCUCUUCACCACAGGAUUUCAUACAAAGAAAAUAGUCCGUGGCCCUGCUAGUGAUUGGUAUGAUGCAUUAUGCAUCCUUCUUCGUCACAGCAAGAAUGUACGCUUUUGGUUUGCACACAAUGUCCUUUUUAAUGUUUCAAACCGCUUCUCUGAGUAUCUUUUGGAAUGUCCUAGUGCUGAAGUGAGGGGUGCAUUUGCAAAACUUAUAGUAUUUAUUGCACAUUUUUCAUUGCAAGACGGACCAUGUCCUUCGCCUUUUGCCUCUCCUGGACCUUCCAGUCAGGCUUAUGAUAACUUAAGUUUAAGUGAUCACUUACUGAGAGCGGUACUAAAUCUUCUGAGAAGGGAGGUAUCUGAACAUGGGCGCCAUUUGCAGCAGUAUUUCAAUCUGUUUGUAAUGUAUGCCAACCUAGGUGUAGCAGAGAAGACACAACUUCUGAAACUAAAUGUUCCUGCAACCUUCAUGCUUGUGGCUCUGGAUGAAGGUCCAGGUCCUCCAAUUAAAUACCAGUAUGCUGAAUUGGGGAAGCUGUACACUGUUGUGUCACAAUUGAUCCGAUGUUGCAAUGUGUCAUCGCGGAUGCAGUCUUCUAUCAAUGGUAAUCCCCCACUGGCCAACCCUUACGGUGAUCCUAAUUUAUCUCAACCUAUAAUGGCACUUCAGCAGAACGUAGCAGACAUUUUGUUUGUGAGAACUAGUUACGUGAAGAAAAUUAUUGAAGAUUGCAGCAACUCUGAAGAGACAAUCAAGUUGCUUCGUUUCUGCUGUUGGGAGAAUCCUCAGUUCUCUUCCACUGUCCUCAGUGAACUUCUUUGGCAGGUUGCGUAUUCAUAUACAUACGAGCUUCGACCUUAUUUGGAUCUGCUUCUGCAAAUCCUAUUAAUUGAGGACUCUUGGCAAACUCACAGGAUUCACAAUGCACUUAAGGGAAUCCCGGAUGACAGGGAUGGACUAUUUGACACCAUUCAGCGCUCGAAGAAUCAUUAUCAGAAAAGAGCUUAUCAGUGUAUAAAGUGCAUGGUAGCUCUCUUCAGCAACUGUCCUGUAGCCUACCAGAUCCUUCAGAGCAAUGGAGAUUUGAAGAGGAAAUGGACCUGGGCAGUAGAGUGGCUUGGAGACGAGCUUGAGCGUAGACCAUACACUGGCAAUCCCCAAUACACCUAUAAUAAUUGGUCUCCACCAAUACAAAGCAAUGAAACAUCAAAUGGCUACUUCCUAGAGAGAUCGCACAGUGCUAGAAUGACUCUUGCAAAAGCUUGUGAACUCUGCCCAGAGGAGGAACCAGAUGAUCCUGAUGCCCCAGAUGAACAUGAGUCUUCUCCACAUGAAGAUGCCCCACUGUAUCCCCAUUCACCUGGUUCUCAGUAUCAACAGAAUAACCAUGUGCAUGGACAGCCAUAUACAGGCCCGGCAGCACAUCAUAUGAACAACCCUCAGCGAACUGGCCAACGAGCACAAGAAAAUUAUGAAGGCAGUGAAGAAGUUUCCCCACCUCAGACAAAAGAUUAGUGAAAUGCACAUAAUCAAUUAACUUGCUCCAUCAAGACUGUGCACCCAGGCCUUACAGUCCAACCUUUCUCUGUGUCUGGCUAAUAUUUAAAACUAGAAAAACUAUUCCUAAUCAACAUGGAGUGGAGAGUCUAUUCACUGUCUUAUCUGCAGAAAAUUGCUGUCAAUAUAUAACCCGCCUGCAGUGGAAAGUGUAUAGUGUUUUGUAAUAAAUGGCCUGAUGCUAAUGUGUAAAUGGCAAAGGUGUAUAUAGUAUAUUAAUGUUUGACUGUUAAUUCUUGAGCAAGAAACAUUUUUUUUGUCUUGAUGAGACUCACAGAUCUACAAAAAACAAAAAAAUAAUUUCUUGAUAUAUCUGCUGCGCUCUGCAACCAGUGUUGCCUGCCUCAUGGCAGUCGGAUCAACUCCUUUACAAAAAAGCCUAUCCAUGUCAACCACAAAAAUAGUUUCAUGUUAAUUCUUUGCCACUGGAGUCGAUUUUACUAUGAGCAACGUAAUGGCUGGUAACCUUUUAAUUAUUUGGUUGAUGUGGAAAAUUGGUGAUGUAACAUUGUUUCUAGAUCUUUUUUCAUUGCCUUUUUCAUUCUGGUAUUAGGUUAAUCACUUUGAGGCUAUAGUUAUGCUGUAACAUUUAGCAUGGCUUCACACCAAGUUAGUGUAGCCAAUGAGGGGGAAAAAAAAUGUGACAGCAGUUGUCCCAAUGUAACAACUGUAUUGCUCAGAACUUUUUCUUCUUACACCUAGACUAUAAAAUGGGGAGGGAGAAUGUGACAAACAAGUGGUUUUCAGUUUCACAUAUGUUCCUCACAUCUGAUGUUUGACAGUUCUGUCUCUGGGUGGGAUAAAGAACACUUAGUUUUCAGUAAUAGGAAUUUAAAAGAUUUAAAACAAAUAUGCAAAAAUUUGCUAUGCCAGGAUGCCUGGAGCAUAAUAGACUGUAUUUGGUGUGCUUGUUUUGUUUCUUUGGUAGAGCUUAUUAGAUAUACUUCUAACACUUUCCUUCUACUGCAUCCCAGUGAAGUGGAAGUCAACAAAAUCACACAGUACUUGUGAGUGCCACUGCACCAAGUUAACUUGCUGGUUUUCUGCUCGUUCACAGUUCUACUUGAAAGUGAGAAUUGUCUUAGCUCUUUAUCCAUUAUACAGGAAAUCUUAACAUUAGAAGCAGGGUUUAAUUAUAAAAGAAACUACUGGUUAGUCAAAUACAAUUUUGAGGUAUCUCUAUUCCAGAAUAAACAUUUGUUUAAAGACGUCAAGAAACACAUCAGUAAAUACUGUAUUUAAAUGAAAAUUGGUAACUUGAAUGUGUGUAACUUUUUUGGAACCUGUCUAAAAACCAAAUACCCCUGCAAAACAGAUACAGCCCACCCUAUACUAUUUAAAUAUUUUGCUGUUUUAUUUUAUAGAAAUUAUUUUGCUGAAUUCACAAAUAGAAUUUGAUUUAAGAAGAA